CUCGGCCAUCAAGUGCGAUCCAUAUAUCUCUAGUAAUUUGGCCACUCAGAACCUUUGCGAAAGACAGAGCAAAAGAAAAUGAAAAGACCUUAUUCGUCUCCCUCUUCUUCUUCCUCGUCUAAUUCUAAACGUCCAAAAAAGUAUGACGUGUUCUUGAGUUUCCGUGGAGAAGACACUCGCAACAACUUCACAUCGUUCCUCUUUCGUGCGUUGAAGGAAAAAGGAAUUCAUCAUAUCUUCAUAGACGAUAAACUCAAAAGAGGAAAAGAUAUUUCCGAACUGUUUGGAAAAAUAGAAGAGUCAAGUUGUUCAAUUAUCGUUCUCUCAACAAACUAUGCUAAUUCAACAUCGUGCUUGAAAGAACUUGUCAAGAUUCUUGAUUGCAGGAACACCAUGGAGCAGAUUGUCUUACCAGUUUUUUUCCUUGUUGAACCAGCUCAUGUGCGAAAAAAGACUGGAGCAUUUGGAGAAGCAUUUAAUGAACUCAAAGAAAAGAAGGAAAAGGAGAAAGCACAAAUGACAGAAAAUGAAACAUCGAGAAAGAGCUGAAAAGAUGGGAAGAUGCGUUAACACAACUAGGCGAAAUUUCCGGAUUCCCUUUGACUGAAAGGGAUAAUCAAGCAGAAUUUAUCAAUGACUUUGUUUUAAAGGUAUCGAAAGAAUAUGUUGGUUCUUCAAACAUAAUUUCUAAGGGCCUAUUUGGAAUGCAUUCACGCAUGGAGAAGCUGAAAUCAUAUGUUUAUAAAUCAAAGAGUGGUGCUGAGUUUAUUGGAAUAUGUGGGAUGGGUGGUAUAGGCAAAACAACAAUUGCCAGAACUUUUUAUGAAUUGGAAUCUUCUCAAUUUGAAAGUAUUAGCUUCCUUGAAAACGUUAAAGGAAAUUAUCUAAAGUCCCUUAAAGAGCAGCUUCUUUCAGAUACUUUGAGUGAAGAAUGCACAACCAACUGUGGAACUAUAAGAAAUAGAUUGUGUCGUAAAAAGGCUCUUAUCGUUAUUGAUGACGUAGAUCAUCUGGACCAGCUAGAAACUCUGGUUGGGGAACGCGAUUGGUAUGGUUCAGGGAGUAGAAUCAUCAUCACAACCAGGGAUAGACACUUGCUAAUUGCUCAUGGAGUGGAAGAAAUAUACGAUGUGGAGCCAUUAUAUGGUGAUGAAGGUUUUCAACUCUUUACUUGGAAGGCCGGCGUCGAAGAUGUUCAUCGUCGUCCAGAUGAAUAUGUAGAAUAUAAAAGGUUGUCUCAACGUGUGGUAGCAUAUGCCGAUGGCCUUCCAUUAGCUCUAAAAGUCUUGGGUUCCGCUUUACGUGGAAAAUAUGUAGAAGAAUUGAAUGAUCAGUUGGAAAGACUCAAACAUAACCCCAACAAGGAGAUUACGGAAGUACUUCAAAUAAGUUUUGAUGGACUGGAGGACGAAGACAUGAAUAUAUUCCUUCUCAUUGCUUGCUUUUUCAGGGGAAGUGGUCACAAAGACUUUUUAACAAGUAUACGGAAGAAGAUCGGUUUUCCAAAAAUAAGUAUAGGAAAUCUUAGUGAUAAUGACAAAGACUAUGUUACAAGUAUACUGAAGAAGUGCAGUUUCAAUCCAAUAAUUGGUAUAAGAAAUCUUGGUGACAAAUCUCUCUUGAGCAUUAAAGAUAACAAAAUCUGGGUCCAUGAUUUAUUGGAAGAGAUGGGUUGGAAGAUUUUGGAGAAGAAAUCACUUACAGAGAAGCUUGGAAGACAAAUUAAGUUGUGGAAUGUUUCAAAUGUCUCAUAUGUUUUGAAGAAUUGUACGGCAAUAGAAGAAAUUGAAGCCGUUGUUUGCUUUGAUCUAUCUAAAAAAUGUCCAACAAAAGAAACAUUUUUGAAUUUCCUUGAUGUGCUCACGAAAAUGAAGAAACUAAAACUGCUCAAAUUAGACAGCUACAGUCUGUCUGGCUUGUCAAGUGUCUUGCCAAUUCUUCAAUCUCUUUCCAAUGAAUUAGACAAUCAGUCUGACUUGCCAAUGCUUCAAUAUCUUUCCAAUGAAUUACUUAUUCUUCAAUGGGUAUGGUGUCCCUUCCAAUAUUUUCCAUUAAGUUUCCAGCCAACUCAACUCGUUGAAGUUGACAUGUCCUAUAGUAGGAUCUGUCGACUUUGGGGUACUGUCGAGCAUUUACCCAAACUGAGAUCUGUCCGACUAUUUGGCUGCAUCAAUCUUACCGAGAUAUUCAACGACUUCACACUGGUUCCAAAUCUAGAGGUGUUAGAUCUUGGUCACUGUCGGAAGUUGUCAAAGAUCGACCCAUCCAUUCAAUUUCUUGGAAAGCUUAUUCAUUUGGAUCUUCGUGGUUGCAUUAGUCUGGAAAAUCUGCCACCCAGUUUACGUGGUAUGGUAUCUCUUAAAAUUCUUUAUCUUGGAGGUUGUCAUACACUUCGGGAUUUAUCAAAGGACAUAGUGUUUUUGAAGAGUUUGGAACUGCUAAAUAUCCAAGAUACUGCAAUAACACAUGUGCCAAUUGCUAUUUUGAAAAAUCUCAGAGAACUAUUCUUUGACCGUAGUUCUCAUUUCCAUGAAUGGCAUCAUCCAGGAUCUUUCGCGGCAUUGGAUUACAAAAGACUUUCACGGUGGCGUUCUAUUUAGGUCUGGUAAAAUCUCAUACGAUACGAACCUGUAAAAUUAUUUACGGAUCUGAAUUGACAAUAUUAUAUUAGAUUUGUAUCAGUUUUAUUCAAUAAAAUCCAAUAAAUUAGAUUU